AUGGAUAAAGUUAGAGAGAAGUUAAGCAAUUUGAAAUUGGAAGCUGAGCAAUGGCAAGAAAAAUACGAGGAAUUGAAAGAACAAUACAAGGUCAUCGAACAAGACAAUACUGAUAAAGAAAAUGAAAUUAAAUCUUUGUCAACCAAGAAUGAAAAUUUGGAAGCUGAAUUAGAAACUUUAGAAAACAAAUUGACUGAUUCCAAACAAGUCUUAGAAGACUCAGACAAUUUGAAGUCCAACAAUGAGACUUUCUUAAAGAAAAAUCAACAAUUAGAAGAAGAAUUAGAAGAAAGUGAUUCUAAACUAAAAGAAGCUAUUGAAAAAUUAAGAGAAACUGAUUUGAAGUCUGAACAAUUAGAAAGAAAAGUAGCUGCAUUGGAGGAAGAAAGAGACGAUUGGGAAAGAAAACACGAAGAAUUAUCUGAAAAAUAUGAACAAGCAAAGAAAGAAUUGGAUGAAUUUGCUGCUUCUUUAGAAAACUUAUAA